AUGGGUAAAAAUAUCAAUGAAUUCGACCUUCCUAACAUAACAGACGAUGUUAACUUACAUGAUGCAGGUUAUCGUGAGUUACAAGAGGAGUAUGGGAUUGUUUUGGAACCUGAACACUCGAGUGCCAAAGAUUCACUUAAUCCAAACCAAAAAAACGUGUUUGAUGAGAUCAUGAUGCAUGUUGAUAAUGAUCUUCCACGCGUCUUCUUUAUUGAUGGCCCAGGUGGAACUGGAAAAACAUUUUUAUACAAUGCCUUGCUUGCUGAAAUUCGGUCACGUCACGUGGUCUUAUUGUUCUCGCAACAGCUUAAACAGGUGUUGCAGCUAAUAAUAUGCCAGGAGGAUGAAGCGUCGAUGGCUAAACGACAGGCGAUAGAGGCAGUCGGUUGUACAUUGCAAGACAUUAUAGGUGUUAGUCUCCCAUUUGGUGGGAAGAUAAUGGUUAUGGGAAGUGACUUCAGACAGGUGUUGUCGGUUAUUACACGUGGCACUCGAGCACAAAUUGUAGACUCCGGUCUAGGAAUGUCACCUCUUUGGUCUUUGACUAAAAAGAUGUGGUUGACCAUAAAUAUGAUAUGGUUUUCUGAAUUUCUUUUAAGAGUCGGCAAUGGAACUGAAGAACCAAUCGAAGGAAACUAUAUCCGCAUACCCAAUGACAUGACAAUUCAGUGCAACAAUAUAAAAAUUUCUAUAAAAUAA